GCCGUGUGUUUGAGUGGCUAAGGGGGAAUAUAUUUCUCUCCAUCUCCACCAUCUUCUUUCAUCUUCCCUUCGUACAACCGCCAUAUCCUUUGUAUAACUUUCGCUAUGGCUUCAUCUACACCAGAAUCAAGCAAUCCAACUAUAACUGUUCCGCCUACAGACCUCCGGCAUAUUACUUCGAACGGCAAUUUGGCUAGUCCAACGAAGGAGCAUAGACUAUCCAAGCGAACUUCACAGCAUCUACGAACUCACCGGGUGGGUUCACGCUCUCCAACCUCGAUACCCUCAUCACCAACAUCCGUUCACUCGUCGUCCUCUGCCAUCUUCGAGCGGGAUAUCGAGCCUAUCAGUCCCUCGCCUCCUCUGCUCAGUAGCGAUCCACACCAUAUACCCCGUGCCAGACAUACCGAGCAGCUUGAUCAAUCCGUUCCCUCGGUGCUCGAUAGUGCUGCAGAGAUUCUCACCGCUCCUACAUCUGAUGAAGACGGCCUCGAUGCCAUUUCCAUCGUUGCCCCGGUACCUAUCGAGGGUAGUCGUAGCGGAUUCACCAGCCCGAUAUCAAGGUUGAGCAGUCGUAGUCCGAGUCCGACGGGUACUAGUCACAGGCGGAGUGUUCUCUUGAAUAUUCCAAGCCCUAGUCCCAGCUUCACCCUCCCUCUCCCUCUCCAGCAGCUCCCCCAGCCAACAGGAAGUACAUCUUUGCCCAGACCGACUGUGAAAACAGAAGCUGUUCCUCCUACCACGACCACCUCAACCCCUACGUCCGCGUACUUUUCUGUUGACUCCGCUGAAUCCUCACCAACAACUGCUACUCACCACGAACACCCACUACAUACCCUGCCUGCGCCUUUGUCCCCCUCCUCCGCCGUGUCCCCUUCAUCCCCAACAUCGAUUGCUACGCUUUCGACCGGUUCACACCCGCCAUCGCCGAAGCACAGCAACAAACGUCUAUCGUUCAUUUCUUACACUGACCUCCUUUCAUCCACUCCGGCAGAGACAGUACCAUUGUCGACGCUCAUGUUGUCCUCUGCCAACGAGCCUCCACCGCAUCUUCCGAGUGUGAUGGGUGUGCCUCAGGCUCAGGCUCAAGCAUCCGGAUCCAGCGCCGGAAGCUUGCACAAUGCGGCCGGCGCGUUAGUCGCUGAUCCGACGAGCGACAUUCUUAACGAUGUUGGAGGCGAAUGGGAACGGGAAGGGCUUGGAAGGGGCCUGGAGGAGCGAUUAGAGUCACUCCUACCGGUGACAGGGAAGGCCUGAUGAAGGCCGAGUAUCACUUGGUUAAGACCCCUGGGUUAUGCCCCCAAGGAUUCACAAGCACACAAUGCCGUAUAAGCCAUGAAGAAGAUUGUGCCCAUGUACAACCAACAGUCCAUUUUCCUCUUCCAGGCUCUUUUGCUUGAAUGCAUGUCCCCUUUCCCGGUCCAUUCGUAUUUUCUCUCUCCAUGUCUCAAUGAUUCUCCCUGAAUCAACCGUUUCUCGCUCAUGGACGACAUAUACAGUACCUGCUUAUCCUACGCUCCACUUUGUUACACUAGCCAUUAAUAGACUCAUAGUUGAUGACCCUGUAUGUUAUCCUAUAUCUGCCUUCCUCUUUUGUCUCCUUACUUAUAUUUCCUAUGGCGAGCUCUUUGGCUGUUGGGUUCUAUUUUCUCCUUACAGAUUUGUUGUAGGUUAUUUCGAAUUAGCCAUUGCAAUCGUACAGAGCAAGCUUGAGGUCUCAGAUCUCAGGGUCAGGAACACUUCCACUCUAGCAUGAUUCAAAUUGUAUACGCAAUAUCCUCUUACGCCCAAGUCAGAUCCGCCUAGGUGCCGCCGCCGAGUUUUGGAGCUUGAACGAGUUUCAUCGAGGUGUUCCAUUGAAAAACAUAUUCACUCGUCAGCAGCUAGCCUUUUGGGCCUCUCCAAACGAUAAAGUGUGUCGCACAACAAUCGUAGUAAUAUGUCCGUUACGCGCACAUGGAAGUACAAUUCCUGCCGGUCUCCAGGCUAGCUCGCCGAGUCUGAUGUCAUGCAAUCAAAGAUACGGUAAGUAUCACUCCAUACAUUUACAUUGUUCGCAUGCAAUGAAGGUGCAGAUCUCCG